AAUGAUAAACUUAUAUAAAAUGAUAUUUUACCUAUUAAAAAUGAUGGAAAAAUCAAUAUUACAGAAAAUUGUUAGAAAUAAACAUAAUAACAAUAAGUAAGGAAAAACAGUAGUUUUAAAAUUAGAACUUUCAAAAAUAAUAAUAGUAUUUUUACGUUUUAAAUAGGAAAAUAAUAAAAUUAGCAAAUAAAGAAUAAAACAGAAACUUUUAAGUCUAUGAAAAGAAACAGUUAUUAAGCUUAAUAAGUUCAAAGAGAAAAUAGAAUUUUUAUAAGUUUUUUAUAUUUUAAAAGACUUUAAUUUAAAUCAAAAUUUUUAAUAUUUUAUAUAGAAUAAAUUAAUAAACUUAAAUAAAAACCUCCUUAAAUAAGUGCAAAAAGCUGGAUUAUUAUAAAUGCUAAGAAUAAACAAGUAAUAGGUGGUUAUUAAGAAUCUACAAUUAGAGAAAUAGCUUCAUUAACUAAAAUGAUGACUUUAUUUUUAUCUAUAUAUUACAUGCGAUAAAUGAAUAUAAUUCCAGAAAAAACAUAUUUUAAAGUAUCUUAACAUGCAGCUAAUAUUAAAGGAACUUCAGCAGAAUUAAAAAAAGGAGAUCUUGUAAGUAUUUACGAUUUAUUACAUGGUUUAAUGCUUCCAAGUGGAAAUGAUGCAGCUAUUGUUUUAGCUGAAAAUUUUGGUGUUUACAUAUUUAUAUAAAGUGAAGAAUUUAAAGAGAAAUAUGGAAUUAAAUCUAUCAAUAAAAAAAAUUAAAGCAAUUUUUUUUUUAAUGAAAAAAUAAUAUUAUUUAUUUAUAAUAAAUAUUUUUAUAAAAAGGUUAGAAAUCCUAUAAUGUAUUUUAUAAGAGAAAUGAAUAGAUAAGCAUAAAAAUUCAGCAUGUUUGAUACCUAUUUCACAAAUCCACAUGGUUUAGUACAUAAAAAAAAUAGAUCAUCAGCCUAUGAUGCUGGAUAAUUAUCUUUAUAAAUGAUUUAUGAUCCUCUGAUUAAAGAAGUAGUAUAAAAAUAAUAAUAUUAAGCUGAAAUUUAUGAUUCUUAAUAAGAAUUAAAAAGAAAAAUAAUAUGGAAAAAUACGAAUUAAUUAUUAAAAAAAGGUUUCAGUGGAUUAAAAACUGGAAUUACAUGUAAUGCAGGACCAUGUUUAGCUAGUUGGUUUAAGAAUAAUUAAUAUAGUUUAAUUGUAGUUCUUUUAAAUUGUAAAAGUAUAAAAGAUAGAUGGAAAGAAACAAUAGAAAUAAUAGAAUGGGCAAUAAAAUAUUCAAAGGAAAAUGAACAAAAAUGA